AUGGGCAAGAAGCUGCACGUGGGCCACCUGCGCUCGUCCGUGCUGGGCGACACCAUCUGCAACCUGCUCGAGUUCCGCGGCCACCGCGUGGCGCGCGUGAGCCACACGGGCGACGUGGGCUCGGCGCUGGCCACGCUCAUCGUGGAGCUCAUGGAGCAGCGCGUGCCGCUGGCCACGCUCACGGACGCGGAGCUCGGCAGGUGCUACGAGGCCGGCAAGCGCAAGCUCAGCGGCGAUGCGGACGCCGCCUUCAAGCAGAAAGUGGACGACGUAGUGCUGCAGCUGCAGCGGCUCGGAACUGAUUCGGGUGUGGACCCCAACGUCCGCGAGACGUGGACGCGCGCGUGUCAAGUGAGUCGAGAGGCCUACCAGCGCAUCUUCGACCGACUCGGAGUUAACGUCACGGAGCGCGGAGAGUCCACGUACAUGCCGCUAGUGCCGGGUGUCGUGUCCAAGAUGGAGGAGAGUGGCUUGGCGGUGCCGUCGCAGGGCGCGUUGGGCAUCUUCCUGGACGGACCGGACAAGCCUCCCAUGCUCAUCCGCAAGCGGGACGGCGGCUUCCUCUACGCCACGGUGGACCUGGCCUGCCUGCACUCCCGCAUCCACGGCUACUCGGGCGUGGACUCGACGCAGUACGACGAGAUCGUGUACGUGACCGACCAGAGCCAGCAGUUCCACUUCCAGCACUUGUUCGCGGCGGCGAAGAAGGCUGGCUGGACUAGUCGACAAGGAAAAGAGGACGUCAAGCUCACGCACGCCCCCUUUGGCUUGGUGCUGGGCCACGAUGGUACCAAGCUCAGCUCGCGCAACGGCGCAUUCGACUACCUGGAGGACCUGCUCGACGGUGCAGCUGCAGAGUGUUCGCGUCAAGCGCUGGCCUCGGCCACGACUGGAGUCGUAGCCAGCGAGCUGAGCUUGACCCAAGAGCAAGUUGACGCCCAGAACCGCGUGGUUGGAGACGCCGCUGUCCGCUACUUCGAGCUGGCCCAACAGCGCGAGCGCAACUACAAGUUCAUCAUGAGCAACGUGCUGAACCUGAAGGGCAACACCGGUGUGUACCUCAUGUACGCGUCUGCGAGGCUGCAGGGUAUUCUACGCAAGGCCGGCAGACUGAAUAACGACCAGGCGUCUUGGGACAGCUUCCUGGGUCUUUCAAGUGACAGCAGUGCGGCUCAAGACGUAUUGGCACUCGCCUCGGUUGACUGGCACCCGUCUGAGCGUGCGUUGGCGUUGCUGCUCUCUCAGUUCGACGACGAAGUGGCUGCCACAUUGGCGCACCUGUACCCGCACUACCUGUGCGACUACCUGUUCCGCGUGGCUGGCCAUUUCCACGGUUUCUACGAGAACUGCCGCGUGCUUCAGGACCCGCGUCAAGAUAGUCGUCUCCUGCUGUGCGCCGCAACGGACGCCGUAUUACGCCGCGGUUUGCAGCUCGUCGGCGUUGAAGCUGUCGACCGCAUGUGA